CGCCUGCAACUGCGCUCCGUCUCUAGUCUUCCGGUUACUUUAUAUCCGAUGCAUUUUUUCAUCCGCAAAUUUUUGCCCUUUUUUACAUCAUGAUAUCGCACCGUUUUGCACGUGGUAAUUCUUCUAGUCGAUCUUUUCGGGACUGAGACUGAUUCGAAAUUCUGCAACGGCCUGCAAUGUACAGAUGAUAAAUACCUUCUCGUUUUUUUCCAAGAUCGGCUUUUUUGUCGUCACCAAAAUAUGAUCGAUCAACUUUGGCAGGCUACGGGACUGAUGUAGUUGAGAAAAACGCAACGAGUAACUAGAGUUUAGAGCGAUCCUUGCAAGCUCGUGUUUUGAGUGAUCUACCAGGUGGAGGAUUAUACGCGAAUAAAAGCUUUUCCUUCGAGGAUUUUACUCGAACCCUUUUGAAUAGAAAUAUUCAGUCUUCUAUGGUGCGUUCGCGUGCGUUAGCGAAGCGAUAAAAACCGUCAAUUCAAGAUUCUGUGAUGUGCGUGUCUCCGAAGUGUGUUUGGUGAGAGUUUUUGUGACAAAGUUGGAGGGUGAUCAGAGUGUCGUGUUCUUCGAGGAGGUGGCCAGAGAGGCCUCCUCGAUUCAAACCGGCAAACUGGAGGUCCUUGGGGUAUUUCCGCCGCGGUCAGAGGCGCCAAUCGCCGACAAACUGGCCCUCUGUUACGCCCCUCAUGUCGACAUGACCACCGUCAUCGAGGUCGAGGACCGUUUGACGGGGCAUGGGGGCAUAUCCUCGCUGGGUGGUGGGAACUCGUCACCGUAUUCGGGGGCGCACCACCAUGGUCAUCGAGGAAAUGGAAACGGAGGUGGCAUGCCGCACCAUGGAGGCGCCUCGCUUCCAACCGCCUCAGAUUUCCAGCCACCAUAUUUUCCGCCGCCUUUUCCUUCGCACCAUCACGCGCCCGCCAGUCCUCAGCACCCUGGUCUGGGACAACCUCAGCACCUCGACUACCUUGUCAGCGAUCCGUACGCCCAAUUGAACACGCUACAUCAGCACCACUAUAACCAACUAUCCGCCGCAGUUACGGCUGGCCAAAGAAGCGGCGACCUCAGGAGGGACGCCGAGAGCAUUCAUGUGACGAACAUGCAUGCCUCGUUUCCCUACGAUGGUGGUCGAGGCAGCGGUGGAGGUGGGGGCGGAGGCGGAGGUCGAGGCGUCGAGUACGGCGGCGUCCGGCGUCCCGACGCCCUUCUGCCACCCCCGGGACUCGACCAAACCGACCUAGUGCUACACACGAGCCUCGUUGACGACCCCCAGGUGAGCGACGAUAACACGAACGUCGACGAUGGGGGUUUCAUGAACGAUCUGCCUAUCCUGAAGAGCAUGAAGACGUCGGAGAGAGGCGAAAAAGGGAUGCUUUCUGGGAACGCUCAGCCUGCAGACGUCUUCUGCUCGGUACCCGGCCGACUUUCUCUAUUGAGUAGCACCAGCAAGUACAAAGUGACAGUGGCAGAAGUCCAGAGACGGUUGUCACCUCCGGAGUGCCUCAACGCUAGUCUUUUGGGUGGCGUUCUGAGGAGAGCAAAGUCUAAAAAUGGCGGCAGACUCUUGAGGGAAAGGCUGGAUAAAAUCGGCCUCAAUCUUCCGGCCGGCAGAAGGAAGGCCGCCAACGUUACGCUCCUAACUUCCCUAGUUGAAGGAGAGGCUAUACACCUUGCCAGAGACUUCGGCUACGUCUGCGAGGCCGAAUUUCCCGCAAGACAAAUUGCCGAGUAUCUUAGUCGGCAGCAUUGCGAACCCCAGGACUCGUACAGGCGGAAAGAACGGCUCCAUGCCGCGAAACAAAUCACCAAAGAGCUGAUGGACCUUCUAAACCAAGACAGGUCGCCUUUGUGCAAUACACGGCCAUCGCACAUCCUAGACCCGAGCAUACAGCGACACUUGACGCACUUUUCGCUGAUAACGCACGGCUUUGGAAGUCCGGCGAUGGUAGCAGCUCUCACCGCGGUCCAGAAUUUUCUCGGGGAGUCGCUUCAGCAUAUGGAAAAAAUGUACCCAGCAAACGGCAGCGGUGUUACGAGCAGCCAGCAGCCGAAUCACGAAGGUAAUAAGAACAACAAGGACGGAUCCCUGAUGAACGACAUGAAAAAGUGACGCCCGGAAGACCCGCCAACCUCGAACGUGGUUACAUCGAUCAGACACUCCUGGCCCUACAACUAAAUAGCGAAAACUAUCAGAGAGAAAAGUAAUUCACGAUAUGCGCGUACACGCAGCAGACACACACAGACUCGUUGAUUCUCUACGGUAGAUAAUAUUAUAUAAAAAUAAAAGAAGUACAUGUAAUACAACGUAAUAUAACGGGGUUCAAGGAGCGGGUGAUUUGAUCAAUGGUCAAAAAGGGGGUUGGCAGGUCUGACAAAAGAACAAAAAAAAGUAAUGAAAAGAAAAACUACGAAACUAAAAAAAGUUUUUUCUCUCCUUUUUUCACUUUCUCUCCUGCAGACAUCUCGUAAGUACCGAACGGAUCCAUUGAAUGCCCUGCAAGAUGUCCAGCAGGAAAGCAUUCACAGACUCGAGCUAUGUCUGUAUAGCUAGUUGUUCAUAUGAAUAUAGGAAAGGUAGAAGAACAAUGUUCCAUCUUUCGUUUUCAAUCUAGAAAUUCAAAGAAUGUAGGUGUCAAGUAUCGAGCAAUUUUUACAACGGAGAACGAAAAGAAUGUCAGAUAAUUUUCUGCGUUCUUCGAGAUCGAAUCGAUCUCGUAAAUUCGAAAGUGAAAGAAAAUUUCUAAUGGGGAAGUACGUAAUACGAAAAGAGCCAUCCGAGGCUACGGCUAUGCAACAAAAGUUACGAGCGGUUGUCUAUGACGUAAUGAAUUUGAUGAAAAGUCAUAUUGGAAUGGACAACUUUGGUGGUGGGAUAUUAACGAGCAGAAAGAAUGUUUAAAAAGCGAUAAGCUGUUUCUCGUUGAAACCUUUCUCAUUCGUGAAUCUAGAUGCUAGCUGCAGUUUAUAUUUUGAUUAUGAAAAUACGAAUUUUAAUUAACUAUUAUUAUUAUUCUCUACGAGAAUUGUGCCAACGUAAAAGAAAAAACUACUUGCCAUUUAAAACGUGCCAAUUGUCUGUAUAAAGAUAUCAGAAGUUCGCUAAAUCAAUGUUAUUCAAGGAAAAAUGAAACUGACCUGCUCAAUAUUGCGAACAUGCUGUAGAAAGCAUUUAAAACAAACAGAAACAAAAAGUUUAAAGAGAAGGCGUGAGAGACGAUCGCGUAUAAAAACUCUGUCUUCGUUUGAAGUGCAUAAACGUGUGUACGAUGAAUACACUAGCAAUAUUGUAUUUGUAACACCGAUAUUAAAGAUAUACGCGAGAGUUAAAAACGGGAAAUAUAUAAUGAAAUCGUAUCAAGUACAACGUGAUCAGGAGAUCCUAAGACAUAUCUAACUUUGUAACUAAAUAUUAGACAUUAAAUAUUAAGUUAGUGAAAAAAAA